AGAGCGCAGCAGCAGGAGGCGCACGGACUUUAAACUGAAGGAUUUCCACUAAAACAUGUCUCUUAUUAUGAUCUGAAUCUGUGGAUGUGAGAUUUUACCGCCUCUACUUGAACAGGACUGCAUCUGCUCACUGUAAAGCCCAGGGUUGAGUGAUGCCUCCAGGCUCCAGUGCCGACUGCCCUCACCUCGAUUGUGUGGGGGAGAUCACCAAAGAGGAACUCAUUCAGAAGUCUCAUGGCCAGUGUCAAGACUGUGAAGUAGGAGGACCAAAUCUUUGGGCAUGUCUUGAGAAUGGAUGUUCAUAUGUUGGGUGUGGAGAGUCUCACGCUGACCACAGCACUGUCCACUCACAGGACACCAGACACAACUUGACCGUGAACUUAACCACACUCCGAGUCUGGUGCUACGCCUGUGCAAAGGAAGUAUUCUUGGAGCGAAAACUCGGACCAAAUUCACCGAAUGGCAACAGCAAAGCUCUUACUUCUGCCCCCAAUGCUGCCCAGGAAAAUAGCAGAUCCCCUGGGAGCCCUACGUCCCUGAGAGUACCCUCUAGUGGCGGCAGUGAGGACUUGGGCAUGGAGACGGAGGAAGAAGAGGACCCACGAACAAGAGGUCUGACAGGUCUGAAAAACAUUGGGAAUACGUGCUACAUGAACGCAGCUCUCCAGGCCCUGUCAAACUGCCCGCCUUUGACGCAGUUCUUCCUUGAAUGUGGAGCCCUGGUGAGGACUGACAAGAAGCCAGCACUCUGUAAAAGUUAUCAGAAACUCGUAUCAGAUCUCUGGCACAUAAACAGACCCUCCUACGUCGCACCGACCGCUCUUUUCCAAGGGAUCAAAGCCAUUAACCCCAUGUUCCGAGGAUACUCACAGCAGGACUCCCAGGAGUUCUUGCGCUGCCUGAUGGACCAGCUUCAUGAGGAGCUGAAGGAACCUCUCCUGGAGCCGUACGACUGCUCCAGCUCAGUCUCCGUGGAAACCGGCCCUGAGGAGGACACCCGCAGCCAGUCGGAGGAUUUCCAGUCCUGUGAGUCCUGUGGCAGCAGCGAGAAGGCCGAGAACGAGCUGCAGGGAGGAGUGGGGGACACCAACGAGGCUGAGAUGCUGAUCCCAGAGCAGGAGGAGAUCCAGGCGAACCGUGAGUGGCAGAAAGAAAAGAACAUGAUAAAUGACCUGUACAGAGCCACAGGAGGAGGGACAGAUGCAGACAAAGAUGUAGACACGACCAAUGAGACGACGCCCAUCAUCAGCACACAGGGGGCACUCAAAGUACAGAGCCGCAUCUCAGAUUCAUUCCCAGACAUCCAGUUAUCCAACAACGCGGUUCAUCCGAGGCCCCAGAGCCCAGUACCCAUGGAGGGCCACUUUCCCAAAAUGUCCACAAGUCCUCCCAAGUCCUCAGGAUGGCCCAGUCUCAACCCUGCACACAAGAAAGCAAUGGCCACAUUUUCUCCACCAAAGAACAAACGUCAGAAGAAAUAUCGCAGCGUCAUUUCAGAUGUGUUUGAUGGGACCAUAGUCAGCUCUGUGCAGUGCCUCACCUGUGAUCGGGUGUCUGUGACAUUGGAGAACUUCCAGGAUAUCUCGUUGCCUAUUCCCGGGAAAGAGGACUUGGCAAAGCUGCACUCUGCGUCCCAUCAGACGGCCUUGGUGAAGGCGGGGUCAUGUGGGGAGGCCUAUGCUCCACAGGGCUGGAUCUCCUUCGUCAUGGAGUACAUCAAGAGCUGGUUCUGGGGCCCUGUGGUCACACUGCAGGACUGUCUUGCUGCAUUCUUCGCUCGAGAUGAACUGAAAGGGGACAACAUGUACAGCUGUGAAAAAUGCAAGAAAUUACGAAACGGAGUCAAAUUCUGCAAGAUGCAAAGUCUCCCAGAGAUUUUGUGCAUUCACCUGAAGCGUUUCCGACACGAGUUGAUGUUCUCCACAAAGAUCAGCACUCACGUGUCCUUCCCUCUGGAGGGUCUGGACCUGCAGCCUUUUCUGGCCAAAGACAGUUCAGCCCAAACCACAAACUACGACCUCCUGUCAGUCAUUUGUCACCACGGCACAGCCAGCAGUGGACAUUACAUCGCCUACUGCCGGAACGAUACCAACAACUUGUGGUAUGAAUUUGACGACCAAAGUGUGACUGAAGUGUCCGAAUCCUGUGUGCAGAAUGCAGAGGCCUAUGUGCUGUUUUAUAAGAAAAGUAACGAGGAUGCAGUGAAGGAGCGGAGGAGGGUCUCUGGUCUUCUGAACAUGAUGGAGCCCAGUCUGUUGCAGUUCUACGUCUCCAGACAGUGGCUCAACAAGUUUAAGACCUUCGCUGAACCAGGAUUAAUCUCCAACGACGACUUUCUCUGCUCACAUGGAGGGGUACCACCAAACAAAGCCAGUUACAUUGACGACCUGGUUGUAAUGCUGCCUCAAAAUGUUUGGGACCACCUCUACAGCAGAUACGGAGGGGGCCCUGCUGUCAACCACCUGUACGUCUGCCACACUUGCCAGAUCGAGAUCGAAAAAUUGGAAAAACGCCGAAAAAAUGAGCUGGAUAUGUUUGUACGGCUCAACAAGGCGUUCCAGGAGGAGGAGUCCCCGGUGGUCAUAUACUGUAUCAGCAUGCACUGGUUUCGGGAAUGGGAGGGCUUUGUCAAAGGGAAAGACAAUGAUCCACCAGGACCAAUCGACAAUUCAAAGAUAACAGUGAACAAGAAUGGGCAUUUAGCUCUCAAACAAGGAGCCGAUUCAGGGCAGAUUUCUGAAGAAACGUGGAACUUCCUUCACUCGAUUUACGGCGGCGGUCCUAUGGUCACCGUUCGCCCAAGUGUCACGCACCAAGAGUCAGAAAACAGCCAAUCAGAGGAGAAGAUCGAAGUGGAGACGCGGUCGCUUUAAAUUAUUUCGAAAAAGAUAUAAACUCUGCAACGAAAAUCAAACUAAACGCCUUCAUUAUUUUGCACUUAACUUUUUAUUUCAAAUGGACCUCGUGUUUCCUCGCUUCACAGCAGCCUUUUGACAGCUCACAUGAAGAAAGAAUUACUUGCUGUACAGAUGUCUAUAAAAAAUGAUAAUGAUUCACCGUAGCAUUGUAGUUUUCACAUUUUCGAACCAAGCAUUUAUUGAUGUACAGCUAUGAGUCCUUCGGAAUGCCAUAUCUGUUUGUUUUGUUCCUUUUUUUUUUUUUUUUUUUUUUUUUUUUACCAAAAUGUCAAAUUUUAUUUGUUGCUGAAACUGAUCAAUCAAAAUAGGUUGUGUUCACAUACAUUAGGGUUGCGAAAAGCAUUGAAAAUCAGAUACUUAAACUAAUAUUGAAAAUAGAUACUCAUUUGUGCAGGUAUUGAUGCAAAAAAGUUACAUUCAUAUAACAGAAAUGAACCUUUCUUGAAUAGUUUUAGAACAAUCUUGAGCUGUAUCAGAACAAAUAUGAGACCACAGAGACUAGUACACACCUAUGGACCACGAUGGAACGUACCUGGACGACUGAGGGAUCACAUAGGUUAUCACUGUGGUAUCUGAAGUAUUGAAGUAUAAAAUUGAGUUGAAAUUUUAGUGUUGACCUGGUUUAUGGUUAAUAACGCUAUAAUUAUUGUAAUUACUAAGCCUAUCCACAUGAAACAAAAACUGAUACAAAAUUGUAUUCCUUCUCUAUCAGCAGAAAUAAAUUUUAACUAAAUAAAAAAACAAAACAAAUAAAAUGUGAAUGCAACCUAUUACAUUGUUGUUUUUGCUGUAAAUAAGACUCACUUCUAUUGUAAUGAGUGGUGGAAAAAGGAGAUAUUUGUGACACUGUUAAAAGGUUAUGAAGGAACGUAAUGGGAACUAGUCUCAGGAAUGAUUCUGUAUGUUUUUGCACUGAUCUGUAGAUGACUUCAAAAUGGCAUGUUCUCAAUGCAAAUGUGUGUUUGUAUUAGAGCAGUGAUUCUCAGACUUUACGUACCAAGUGAAAUACCACCAUAGAAAAUAUCAAGCUUUCAAAAAAUGAUGUUAAAGAUGGGGUAUUAGGCAAAAUUGAGUUUUUGGAGCUUUCUACCAUGUUGUUUCUUUAUCAAAAACAUGCCAGAAGAGGUUUGAUAUGUCAUUCAUGCAUGAGUAAUCUUGCAAUCUCUACCAGGCACUAUUCAAAAUCCCUCUUUACGGUUAUCAGUAGAAUUCUGUCCUAUGUCACCUAUGCUCCCGCACGGCAAUUUUCCAUAAAUAAUGCAAAUGCAGAACACAAAACAAUAGAACUACAACUUAAGAACCUGAUACGAUGUGUUGUUUUCGGCAAAUAUAGGAUUUUCAAAACAAAAGGUAACAUGUUGAUCUAAAUAUGUCAUGUGUCAGGAAUUAAUAUCCCAUAGAAGUGUAAUACCCCUGCUUUAAUUACUAAACAUUACUUAAAGUGCACUGUGUAAUUUUUCUGGGCCAGCUACCUGCUUGUCUCCAUAAAGAUGUUAUUGCCUUUCCUGAAAUGUUCAAGACCAUGCUAUUAAACCUAUCUUUAAUUUACUCAUUUACAGGUUUACUUUUAGUGCACAAAAAUCCCCUGGAAAAUAUGAGUAGGGGUAUCUCUCUGCAAAUGUGAUAUGUAUAAUGCUGCUCUAUGGAACAUUUCAGGCAAAGCAAUAACAUAUGAACAAGCAUGUGCCGUACCCUCCGCUAGAAAGUUUACAUAGUGUACCUUUAGCAUUGUCUAAAGUAACUCUAAACUAGGUCUAAACUAGGUUUGAAUUGGUUAAAAGAGCUAUUGACUGUACCCUCGUUUGAGAACCACUGCAUUAGAAUGUACCAUUAAUGAAAGUAUGUUGGCAGCACUUGACUAUUUAUCACAAACAAGAAGUGAAUUUUAGAUUUAUGUCAAUAGGUUUUGCAUAUUUAAAAACUGAUGGUAGGCCACAAGCUGUUGAGAUUGCAUGCUCUGAUUCAUAUUACCAUUAAUCGCAUGUACAUUGAAAGCUGCUCACAAUCUCUAGACCAGUGCCCACUAUAUUGUACUAAACUAGGGAAAUCACACUAUGUUUAAUCUUAGAAAACUAAUCAAUUAAAGGCAUUAUUUUUUGUCAGAAUAAAAGGGCAUGUUGCUUCAAGUGUUGGCUAAGGGGGAAUAGCCAACAAAUUGCUGUAAUGCUACAAGAAGUCAUUGCAUAUUACCAGUAUGUCCCUAUACGUAAGAUCUUUGCUGAUUUUGCAAGCUGGCAUUAUUAAAACUUGAUAAAUCC